CUACCACGCAUGCUUUGAGCAAUCCGCAGUAGAGACGCACGGCACAAGGGAGGACCAUCUAUUUGCGGCUCUCGGCAGGCAUCGAUCGUCCAUUUAUUAUCUGUCCCGCCCUGACGCGACAACAUGUCUGAACCCGAACCUCGCCGAUCGGUGAGGGCGACGAAGGGCCAGCAUAAGGCGCUGGAACAGCUCGACCAGGCCAUCGAGACUCCAAAGAAACGCGGCGGCACCAAAAAGAGUAAAAAGGCGGCGCCAGAACCUGAAGAGCCCGAGGAAGAGAUCAUCCGCUGCGUCUGCGGCGCCACAGAACAGGAUGAAGACUCGGGCGAGCCGUGGAUCGCAUGCGACCAAUGCGGCGCCUGGCAGCACAACAUCUGCAUGGGCAUGAGCCAGUACACUGAAGAUUUACCAAAGGAGUACUUCUGUGAGCUGUGCCGGCCCGAGAACCACAGGGAGCUGCUCGCCGGUAUCGCAAAAGGCGAGAAACCGUGGGAGGCUCGCCGCAAAGCCUACGAGGAGGAGAAGGCCGAGAAGAAGAAGAAAGGUCCGAAGAAGGGCAAGAAAAGGGCCAGCGAUCUAAAGGAUGAAGCCUCUCAGAAGUCGAAGCAGUCACCACCCCCGCCCCCUUCCGAGCCCAAGAAGGACGUAAAGGGUGCCGGUGCGAAGCGCAAGAAUGCCGAUGGCGGUCAAGAUAAGGAGACCAAGAAGAUGCGUAAAAUCAACGAGACACAAUCCGUUCCCAUUCCUGGAUAUUCUCCCCCAGCAGACAUCGCAGCUAGGAUCUCCGAGUUGCCAGGCGAGCGGCAGGGGCCAGCGAAGGCAUUGUCGAAGGCACUUACGCACUCUCUUGGUGUCGUUGAAAAGAAAGGCGCUGUUCCAUCAGACGGCGUAUCCAGUGCAGACCGCGCAGAGCGGUUCGCGCUUCAGAUUGAACGCGCCGUUCAUGAUACUCAUCCGACUGCCAGCUCUUAUGCCAGCCAAGUCCGGACACUGGCAUUCAACCUCAAGAGCAACUCCGAGCUAACUAACCGGCUGCUUGACCGGUCCUUGACUCCACCGAUGCUAGCUUCCAUGUCGACAGAGGAGCUAGCCUCCAAGGAGCUGCAGAAGGAGACAGCAGAGUUGCGGGCGAAAGCUGAGAAGCAGGCCAUCAAGAUCACGGAGGACGUCCCACGGGUUCGAAGAACCCAUAAAGGGGAGGAGAUGGUUGGAGACGACGGGUUCAUCGCGAGUGAAGAAGUGCCAUCCGCGCCAGCCCCUCGGCCAGGUGCGCCGAAGCAGGAGCCUCGGGAAUCGCCAGGAUUUCCAGCCCAGGCCGGUCUUGGCCGACCCUCAGCUACUGGCCUGGCCGUCGACACACUACAAUCUCCAAGCAGGGCAGACUUUGACCUGAACAGGGUGUUUUCAACCGUCAAGUCGCCAACUCUUCCUCGGGAGCCGACACGCGCUUCCUUUGCCACUGCGCCAACCAGCGGACCGGGAGUCGACCCCGAUGUUGACCGCCUCCUCGACGAUGGUACUCAGUCACCGCCAUAUUCACCCAAAGAAGAGAGCGAUCCGGAUGUGGUAUGGCGAGGAACCAUCGUCAUGAGCACAAUUGCAGAAGUACCUGUUGCUGCCAAGCAUAUUGGGGGGGCCAAUCUGAACGAAACGCUUGGUCUCGCCUGGGAUGAACUUAUUCCGAGAAACCUGACGGUAUGCGGGCGGAUAGAAGAGCAACAAGCCAUUGUCUAUCUCUGCAGCUUAAGAUAUAGUCUGGCGACGGAUAUCGUCGUGGUCAAUCUCGAACCAACCACCCCCGCAGCAAAGGCAGGUAUGCAGAAGCUGGUGGACUAUUUCGUAUCCAAGAAAAGGUACGGCGUGGUGGGGGACAAGGGAGUCGCCAAUGUCCGAGAUACCUAUCUUGUUCCCGUGCUCCCUGGCACGGGCAAUCACCCGGAGUUCAUGUUGAACCUUGCCGACAAUUUCAUCCCGGAGACAAGGACGGAGCCCAUGAUGCUUUGCGUUUUCGUUUUCCGCAAUGGGAAGGAGACGAUGCAACGCAUUCACGGCACAACGGAUCCCAACCACGCACCGAGGACUCAACAGAACAUCGUUCAGACUCACGACCAGGUUCAGAGCCAGUCGCCCGGAACGCCGACUCCCAUCCAAGGAGGAUUCUCUAACGCAGGGCGGCAGAAGUCAAUCUCAGCCCCAGCUUUCUCCCCCACGUCUCCCCAGGGGCCAUUUCAGCAAUAUCCGUCCCCAAGGACGGUCACUCCGGCUCAGCAACCUCAGCCACUGCAGGUCCCAGCACCGCAAUCCGUGAAACCGGCGCCGAGCAUCGAAGAGCGGCAACGGCAGGGCGAGGCCAUUGCCCGCGACAUCCUAGGCCAUCUCAUGACUAGCCCGACAGUACACUUCCUUCUUCCCCAGGCUCAUGUCAUGACUCGCAAGGAGUGGGAGAUAAUCAAGAAGGUUUACGAGAAGGACCCUAGAACCCGGGAUGACCUCCCAUAUCUUAGCGAAUGCCUGGAAAAGGAGACCAACCAGGGGCCGCAGCAGCAGGGUCAGCCUCAACCCCAGAGUCAGGCCCCAUCGCAGCCGCAGCCGCAGCCACAUCCACAUCUCCAGCAGCACCCGCAGCAACAGGGAGGCCCUCAAGCGCCACAACUGUUACUAUCUCAGCAGACCUAUGACCAACAUCAUCAACAACAGCAGCAGCAUUUGCCUCCUCCCCGGACAACGCCCAUCCCUCCGCCGCCCAUCCCGCCCGUUGCUACGGCUGGGCCGCCGCGGCAAACCCCUAUUCCUCCGCCUCCGAUCCCGCCGCAGGCGACGACGAACACAAUACCCCCCAAAGCAUAGCCUGCUGAUCACGGGGCUCAAAUUGGCGGCGAGUCUGAAUCCGAGGUCCUAAUUCCUCCACCAAGCCCGAGGCCAGCCCAUGCAACUCCACCGCCA